CCCCGCCGUCUGCUACUAUUAAAGCAGGAGAAACUGAUUCCCAAUCGUGUAUACUACGUAAAUGGCCAGAGUGCUUUUUGUGUUAUAUUGUAAUUAUCGCUCCUCGUAACCCCAAAGUUCUCCCCUGGGAGCAGCCAUGAGCUAAUGGCAAGAAAGAAGAUCGGAUGGAUGGAUGGAGCUGCGCCUUUUCUUUGUGUUUUCUUGGUCAGUAAUUUCAUACUAAGUAAAUUUUCUAUGAUCCCCUGUCGUCUGGUGCUCCUGGCUGCGCUCCUGCUGAGCAGAGAUGCUGACGCUCUGCAGGUGAUUGGUGGAAGUGUGACAGUGGUUCAAGGAGGUACGGCCACCUUACCGUGUCAUGUCACUGAUACCAAUGAUGACCUGACACAGAUUACCUGGCAAAGGAGGACAAGAGAAAAACCUCGCAAUGACAAUUUUAUUACCAUCCAACCUGGAAAUAGACUACAGUUUGUCAAUGGACAUGAUGAUAGAUUUAAAUAUGUCGGAAUUUUUAAUGACAAAAAUGGAACACUCCAGUUAUCCAAUGUUACCCUGAAGGAUGAAGGCAGAUACACAUGCAUCUUCACCCUGUUUCCCAGUGGAAAUCAGAAGACUGAGAUACCUCUAAACUUGCUCGUGCCUCCUUUCACAAGUGUCAAGAACAAUUUUCCCACUUUGGGCACAGAAGAGGUUUUAUUUGCUACCUGCACAGCUGCUGGCUCGAGACCUCCCCCAGAGGUGAGGUGGCUCACUGGUGCUUUGGCAGACAAAGUGAGGACAACGACAAACUCCACCCAGUAUGACAACGGUACGACUACCACAGUCAGCUCUUUGUUUGGCGUACCUAUGAGAGAGAUUAACGGUCACCAGGUCCAGUGUGUCAUCAGUGGUGACUCCCUGUCUAAAGAAGAAACCCUGCCCUUCACCAUACAGGUCCAUUUCUCUCCUACAGAAGUGAACGUUUCAGUGAUUUCAGAGGACUCAUUUGAGUGUGUGACAGAAGCCAACCCAAAUGCAAACUUUACCUGGAGCAGAUCUGGCCAGUCUUUCCUGCAGUCUGCUGUCAAAGAAGAGGGUGCAAAGCUACAACUGCUGAGUCUGACCGCUAGUCUAAAUGGCCUCUAUGAGUGUGAAGCAGCUAACUCAUAUGGAAUAAAACAUGGUCAGCUCUAUGUGCAUGUGGCAUCAGGAGCAUGCUCUGCUGCUUGGGCCUCAUUUGGUCUUUUGCUUUCAAUGAAUUUCAUUGGAGCUACAUGGUUCUUUUAUAAAUCUGGACGUUUUCAAAAGUGCUUAGAACAAUAACCCUGUAUGUACUCAAUAUGUAGCACUGUACUCCUAAUAUUAAAGGAUAUGUACACAAUGUACAAAUAGCUUUUGAAGUUUUAGUAAAUAAAAAUAGACCAACCCUCAAUUGCAAGGGGUCAGACAACAAUAUUUCUUCUUGUAUAUACACACAGUAUAAACAUUGUCUGGUUAUAUUUUGACUGGCAUAAAUGUGAUUGGACCUGAACCAGAAUGAUGUCGGGGAAACUACGGAAGCCUUUUGAACAGCCCGUAAUCUGAAAAUUACAACAUCCUCUUAAAACAAUGAAUUCAUUCUCAUGUACUGGGUCUCUGAUGUUUAUUUGUGAUUUGAAAAUAUGUGUUGUAUACUUUAGUUUCAGCCAAAUACAUUAAAGGUGAUUCUGUGCCUUACAGUACAGAUGGACAAUGAUCCAAAACACACUGAAAAAGAAGCCCAGGAGGUUUUGAAGGUGGCAUAGUAUUCUGCAGUGACUGACUCAGUCCCCUGAUGUCACUCCAACUUGGCUGGAUCUUACAUCCUGAACACAAAGUUAAAAACAGGAAGAGCCAAGAAUAAGAAAGUGAAAAGCCUGAGAUUAAAGGGCUUGGAAAGGAUCAAGAAGAGACUCAUUGCCUACAAAGGAUACAAUAAAGUAUUCAGACCGAACAGUCUGUUUUAUGAUUAUGUUUCUCCAGUUACAGUUCAGCUUCAUGUACUACGGUAGUUUUGUUCAAAGCCUUCAAUUAAA